AUGGCACCCUCGAUAUUCUUCCCGUUUUGUUCUUGGAUCGUCUUCCUCAUUUUGCCUCCCGCUUCCUUUGCUAAUUCCCUAUGCCAUCCAGAUGAGAGCUCAGCCUUGAUGGAAUUCAAGCAAAGUUUCAGAAUCAACAGAACAGAGGAGAGUUGUGAUUAUCCAAAGGUUGAAUCGUGGUCACUAGCUCGACAUGGAGAUUGCUGCUCAUGGGAUGGCGUACGGUGCGAUGAGGCUACCGGUCAUGUGACAGGUCUCGACCUCAAUGGAAGUUGUCUCUUUGGUACCAUAACUUCCAACACUAGCCUCUUUCGCCUACUCCAUUUGGAAUCGCUCAAUCUCGCUUUCAAUGACUUCAACUUUUCCUCAAUCCCAUACGGUUUUGGCAAUCUUUCCAAGUUACACUACCUUAAUCUAUCUGAUUCCAAAUUUUCAGGGAAAGUCCCGUCGGAUAUCUCGAGGCUCUCGAGAUUAAUUUCUCUUGAUUUGUCUUUCAAUGGGGAUCUUGAGAUGCCCAACCUAGGCAAUUUUGUUGAGAACUUAACUAUGCUUAGAGAACUUGAUCUCUCUUCUAUAACCAUGUCAUCACCAUUCCCUCAUGUACUUGCAAACUUGUCCUCUUUGAAGUCGCUUAAACUUGUAGAAUGUCAAUUGCAUGGAGAAUUUCCGGUAAGCAUCUUUCAGUUACCAAACCUGGAAGUCCUCAACGUCCAAGAUAAUGGCAACCUUUAUGGUUUUAUUCCUGAACUACAUUGGGGUAAUCCCUUGAAGUCAUUGUCUCUUUCGGGAACGAAUUUUUCGGGGGAAAUACCUGUUUCGAUCGGAAAUCUUAUUUUCUUGAAUGAAUUAUUAAUUUGGGAAUGUGAUUUCUCGGGUUCACUUCCUGGUUCACUGGGUAAUCUUUCCGAGCUCGCUCUUACGGAUAUAUACGAAAAUAAAUUUCAGGGUUCACCGCCCGCUUCACUGGGUAAUCUUUCGAAGCUCACGUAUCUGGCUAUGUCAAUGUGUGAAUUCCAGGGUCAAAUCCCCGCUUCCUUCGCUAAUCUUACUCGGUUGUCCUCUCUAUAUCUCUCUUCUACUAAUUUCAGCGGUGGUAUUUGGCAUUGGCUUGCCAACUUGGCAAAACGGACCGAGUUGGACCUCACAGAUCUUAGUGGGAAUAAUUUGAGUGGCACCGUGGAUUUGCACAGACUCGAGAACUUGAAAGGUUUAUCUUUGGACUUCAACAACAUAUCUUUUGUCGGCAGGAUCGAGAUGAAUACCACGCUUCCAAAACUUUCUAGUUUAAGGUUAGAGUCGUGCAACUUACAUGAGUUCCCCAAGCUUUUAGGCCACCUAAACGGAUUAGAGAGCAUACAACUUUCACACAAUAAAAUCGGAGGGAGUAUUCCAUCCUGGAUGGGGAAUGGUAGUAGAGAAUCCUUGUGGUAUCUAGAUCUUUCUCACAAUUUUUUAACUGGCUUUGUGGACAACCGCAUCAAUCUGCUGCUACCUAACUUGACCUAUCUUGACAUUAGUUCUAACUCACUCAAAACGGGGCUCCCUACUCCACCUCCAUCAGUGUCUUAUUACAAUAUCUCCAACAACAUCCUCUUCGGAGAUAUUCAAUCUAUUUGUAGAGCCAAGUCCCUUGUCAUUCUUGAUUUGUCCAUCAAUAGUCCGAAUGGCACAAUUCCUUCAUGUCUCAAAAACAUUCAUUCUUUGGCAGUUUUGAAUCUUGGAAAAAAUAAACUUGACGGAAGCAUUCCUCAGGCUUACCCUAAAGGUUGUGCAUUAACUCUUAUUGACCUCCUAUCAGAGUUGACCAACCUGAAAGUUAUUAUCUUGAAAUCUAAUAACUUCCACGGUCCAAUAAAACCACCUCAAAGCCAAUUCAAUUUUAGCAACUUGCAUGUCAUGGACCUUUCCGACAAUAGUUUCAAUGGUGAACUUCCUUCCAAGUUGUUGCAGAGUUUCCAUGCCAUGAAAGUAGUUGCUGCUCAAGAUCGGUUGGAAUAUAUGAGUACUACGGAAGAGUUCUCUAGAUUUAUAAUGCCCUUGGAUUAUGGAAUGAAAUUGACUGAUAAAGGCACAGAAAGGGAAUACUCGAAGGUUCCAUAUGCCCUUAUGGGAAUUGACCUCUCCAACAACAAAUUUGAAGGAUGCAUACUUGAUCCGAUUGGAGAUUUGAAGUCACUUCUCAUGCUUAAUCUUUCGAACAAUGUUCUUACCGGUCCCAUCCCGCCUUCCUUAGCAAAUCUGACAAAGUUGGAAUCUCUAGAUCUUUCUCGGAACAAGCUCUCGGGAGAGAUUCCUCCACAGCUAGCCCAACUUACAUUUCUUGCAUAUUUCAACGUCUCUCAUAAUCAACUGUCGGGACCAAUUCCACGAGAGAGUCAGUUCAACACAUUCACGAUUGAUUCAUUUGCCAUGAAUGAGGGGUUAUGUGGAAGUCCUUUGCCAAAAAAAUGCACAAUGGCUGGGGAUAACUUACCAGUACCACCAUCUCCCCAGGAAGAAAUCGGCGAAGAGUCACCAUUCAACUUGGAUCGGAAAUUUGUGCUAAUUGGGGCUGGAGUCGGGUUUUUGAUUGGGGCUGUGCUAGGGAAUUUGAUCAUUGACCAGAAGAGUAGGUGGUUCUUACACUAUUCCAAGAGAAUGGCAAAAAGAUGGAACGGAUCGAGAAGGCACCGAACAACAAGGAGUUGUACAUGCGAUCGGAUACUUAUGUGA